AUGGAGACCCUGAAGGCAAAGCGUGGAUCUCGUAGAGCCCAGAACACCAAAAUCAUUCGUGAGGCAAGUGCUCUUCUGGCCACAUCCAACUUCACAGUUGAGGCUGUUAAGUCUUUGAAGGACAGACUCGAGAAGAGCAAUACUGAACUGGAUCGAAUCAACGUCCAGUGUGAAGAAUUUAUAUCCGGAGAUGAAGCCGCUUCCGAAUUUCUCGCCAUUGCCGAAUACGAGGAUGAAGCUGUGGGCAUGUUAUCAACUUUGCAAGCACAUUAUGACAGGAUGUGUUCCCAAUCGAACGCUGGCCGCGCCCUCGAGGAUGGGGACAGUCAGAACGCCACGAGCCGUCGUUCCGAACUCAGGCCUAAGGGACAUAAAUUGCCUGUCCUUAAGAUGGAGCCAUUUGAUGGAGACCUCAGCAAAUGGUCCACAUUUUGGGAGCAAUUUCAAGCGAUGAUUCACAACAACGUCAACCUCACUCCCUCUGAGAAGUUUCACUACUUGCGUCUUCACUUGACUGGGUCAGCCGCGUCCGCUAUUGCAGGAUUGCCAGCAACAGCUGCGUGUUACGAGGACGCUUUGCAACUUCUGAAGACACGAUUUGGAGACCUUAGUCAGAUUCGUCAGACGCAUCUUCAGAAAAUGCGUCGUUUGCCCUUUGUUAAGUCCAUCGAUGACGUUAAGGGACUCCGAAGCCUUUACGAUCAUGUGGAAGUACAUACGAGAAGUCUGAAAACAGUUGGAGUCCAGCUGGCAUCUUACGCUUCCAUGCUGACUGAGAUGCUCGUGCAACGUCUACCUCACGACUUAACUAUAGACUACCAUCGGCAACGGCUUAUCACCAAUUCGUCACAAGCAGCAACGGCAGCACAGCCUGCGGCUACGCCCGCGUCAGCUCCUGAGUCUGCUGAGCAAGAUUUUAAAACGCUGAUGAACUUCCUCAAGAUAGAAGUUGAAAGCCCUGAGAAUUCCUUUCGUUCGGCCGAAAAGAAGUCCGAGCCUACUGAAGGAACCUACAGGAAAAAGCAGUUUAACACUCCGUCAGCGUCCGCUUUGUAUUCUGCGUCUACCUCAACCCUUGAGGGAAAGAAAUGCCUCUUCUGCAAGAAAGAGCAUAAUACUCAGAUUUGCCCGUGUGACAUCACUUGGGAGAGAAAGGCCGACCUCUUGUCCAAGGACUUCCGCUGCUUUCGCUGCACGGUCAAAGGUCAUCGAGCCAAAGAUUGCAGGGUACACAUAUUCUGCUCAAAUUGUAAAGGGAGACACGCCUUGUCCGUAUGUAGGAAGGAACGGCGGCCGAAGAAAGACUGUGAGAGCUCGAACGCCACUAGCAACACCCUUUCCGCGCAAUCAAGAUCCUUCAAGAAAGAAUCGGGUAUCGUUCCUCCUAAAUGCGAUGGAGUGCUUCUACAGACGUUUAGAGCGUGGGCGGUAACUCAUAAGAGGUGCUGCUACAUCAGAGGAGUUAUUGACGGAGGAAGCGACAGAACGUUCAUAACCGAAUCGUUAGCCACCAGCCUACGUUUACCGAUUGUGGACGAAAUCAGUAUCAGCAUUGCCACCUUCGGCGACAGCGAAAAGACUAACCCGAUCAAACGGAAAGUUGCGAAUAUACAGCUUCGGUCUCAAUACGACACACAAGAACUCAUAAUCAAAGCUGUGAUCAUUCCCGCCAUCUGCCACGACAUUCGCAGCGCUUCUUCUGAUGUGUCAUUCCUUCAGGAACUCAGGGAACAGGGGAAAAAUCUAGCGGAUGGACUCUAUUUUCCUGGAGACAGGUAUCACGAUGGCAUCAGCAUCUUGAUUGGUGCCGACCAAAUGUGGCAGGUGCUGACUGGAGAAGUUCUAAGGAAGAAGGGUUCAAGAAAUCUCGUGGCGUUAAACUCUUUGUUGGGCUGGACAAUUCAAGGACCGACCAAGGUUUCAUCUGCUGUAGAGUUUCGCCAGGGAACCUACCUUCAACAGUCAGCAGCAGCUUGUGUCCUACGAGUUCACUCAUCGGUGGAGUACGCGAUAUCGGGAGAAGAUGAAACUUCAUGGGAGCCAACGUUCUGGGAGAUUGACUCCAUGGGUAUUCUACCAGAAACCGGCAUCACCGACACCUCGGCGGUAAUGGAUAACUUUUCUAAAACGGUAAAGAAGACCGAGGACAGAUAUGAAGUGGCUCUACCAUGGAAGAUUGAUCCUGCAGUUGUGUUGAAUGACAACUACGACGUCGCUGUCACCCGCCUUAAAAAGCUUGUCGCACGGCUUAGGAGAACGGAUGGUCUGUUACUUCGGUAUGACGGUGUCAUCAGAGAUUACUUGAAUCUGGGUCAUGCUGAAGUCGUCGAUGAGAGCAUAGAACCAAAGAACUUGGUAUAUUAUAUGCCUCAUUCAGCCGUGAUACGAGAAGACCGAGCGACAACUAAAGUACGCGUCGUCUUCGACGCCUCUUCUCAUGCGCCAAACAGCAUAUCCCUAAAUCAGUGCCUGGAUAAGGGUAUCAAUUUGAAUCCCGAUAUUUUGCAGCUACUUCUACGAUUCAGGAGUUACAAGGUUGCCCUUACCGCUGAUAUAGAAAAGGCGUUUCUACAGGUUUUGAUUCGGGAAGAGGACCGAGACGUCUUUCGAUAUCCUUGGUUUCAACAUCAACCUGACCAGGAGGCUUCUCAUAAUGAUCUGGAUGGGGUACAGGUUCUGCGUAUGACGAGAGUUCCGUUUGGAGCGACCUCGAGUCCCUUCCUACUAUCAGCUACCAUCCAGCACCAUCUUGCUACCAUUACCGGCGACCAAGAAACAACAGCAAGAAAAUUGAGCCAUUCGUUUUACGUUGACGAUUUGGUUACUGGCGCAGACUCGGAGGAAGAGGCCGAAAAGCUCUACCGUGAAGCUCUAGAAAUCAUGAACACAGCGGGAAUGAACCUUCGAAAGUGGACAACCAGUAACGAUCGACUGCAAGCUUUAUUUGAUGGACGUGAAAGUCCCGUACACGGAACCAAGGAAAAGCAGCAGUUGUUAAGCCCGCAGAAGAUACUGGGAGUGUCAUGGGACACAGAGCAGGAUAAACUGCAGGUGACGAUGAAAUCCCUAUUCACGUUUCUUUUGGAAACUGCGGAUACGAAGCGUUACGUGUUACAAGCCGUUUCGAGAAUUUUCGAUCCACUUGGAAUACUAAGUCCUUUCACCAUUCGAGUGAAGAAACUGUUCCAACAACUUUGGAUUCAUGGAGUAAAGUGGGAUGACAAGCUUCCGGAGGAGGCCUUAACCGAGUGGAAGUCUUGGUGCGCAGAGCUUCUAACUUUGCGUCUAGUUAAAGUGUGUCGAUACUUCGGACCACUGGAUUCUACUACAGGCAGGCAUCUAAUCCUAUAUGCGUUUUCCGAUGCUAGCAUGCAUGCUUACGGAGCAGUAGUAUACGUCAAGGUGGCAGGUCAAGCAACAACGCACUCGAACAUUCAUCUUCUAGUCUCAAAAACAAGGGUGUCUCCACUUAAGUCUCAGUUAACUCUUCCAAGAUUGGAACUAAUGGGAGCUCUUGUCGCUGCAAGGCUAGUACACUACGUCAGAACAGCCCUAUAUGACUGUACAGUGGACAGCCACUUCUGGACAGACUCGACAAUAGCUCUUGGAUGGAUUCGGCAGGACCCAUCUCGGUGGAGCACAUUCGUAGCAAACAGGGUUGCUGAAAUUCGGUCUCUAACCGACCCUGACUUGUGGAGACACUGCACAGGAGACUCUAACCCAGCAGACUUACUGACCAGAGGUGUUUCAGCGCAGCGUCUAGUGGCGGAAGAAUUGUGGUGGCAUGGUCCACCGUGGCUUAAAAGCGACCCUUCUGAAUGGCCACUUGAUGCUUCAAGCGGGCAAGACGUCGAAGACGAGGUCCGAAAAACUCCACCAAAAGGCCAAACAAGUGUCCAGUUGCUUACAAAAUCAGCGGAAGACAUCAUUGAUCUUCCCAAGUACAGCUCUUUGGACAAGCUUUUGGAUGUGACGUCAUAUAUCCUACGGUUUGUCAACAAUGUUAAGAACCCAAGACAGAGGAUCGCUGGAGCGCUCUCCGCCAGUGAGAUACAGGUUGCGAAGUUAAAAUGGAUACGUAGAGUGCAAAGAGAAGUUUAUCAGAUCAAAAUCGAAAAUGGGCACACUACAUCCCCGAUGCUGAAAGAUCUUCAGUUUUUCAUCGACGAUGAAGGAAUUUUCCGAGCGAAAGGUCGUCUUCAGCAUAUAAAUGACGAAGAGCGUAUCAAGCAUCCCAUCAUCUUACCCAGCGAUCAUCAUUUCACAACGCUCGUAGUAAUGAAAGCUCAUGACAGGGUUUUACAUGGAGGAGUGCUGAGCACGCUCGCUGAACUGCGUGAGGAAUUCUGGGUGCAAAGAGGCCGCCAAACAGUGAAGCGCGUUAUAAGCAGGUGUGCUCUGUGCGCCAGAUACAGAGCUAAGUCAGUCCAGGCUCCUACAGCUCCUCUGCCUGAAUUUAGAGUAGCAAAAGGCGACCCCUUUCAGGCUGUUGGAGUGGACUUCGCAGGACCGCUGUAUGGAAGAGGCAGGGGCACAAUGUACUAUAUAGUACUCUUCACCUGUGCAACAACGCGUGCCAUACAUCUUGAGGUCGCCUCAGCGACAACUGCGGACGCCUUCCUAAUGUGUUUUAGGAGGUUUGUUGCCAGAAGAGGUGUACCGUCGCUCAUAUGCUCAGAUAACGGGAGAAGUUUCAAGAGAGCGGAAAAGGAGUUGCGAGGUCUUUGUCAGUCAACAAGAACCUCUGAAGUCAGCAGGUACCUUGGUCAUCAUAAUAUCACGUGGAGAUACAUCGUUCCUGGAGCUCCCUGGUGGGGAGGAUGGUGGGAGAGGCUCGUAAGAACCGUCAAAUCCUCCCUCCGGAAGGUUCUUGGCAAGGCUUGUUUGGAGAUCGAGGCGCUUGAGACCCUGGUUACCGAAGUUGAAUCUGUCGUCAACUCUAGGCCAAUCACUUUCAUAGACAACGAUCCAAAGGAGUCAGAAGUCCUCAGCCCUUCGCACUUUCUUGUAGGCAAACGGGCCAUCGCUUUACCGUCUCCGUCAGAAGACCCUAACACCAGCAGGUACACGCCUUCCAAGGACGCGCUAACACGCAAAAUAAUGCAUCGUGAGGCUAUGAUGCAGCAUUUCUGGGAGCGUUGGAAAAGGCAUUACUUGUUGCAGCUCCGAGCAGCGCAUCAUUUCAAGUCAUCGGAGUCGAAGCGGCUGAAAACGGGAGACAUAGUCCUGCUUGAAAAUAAACUUCCUCGAAAUAUGUGGGAUACCGGGAGAAUCGUCAGGACAUACCCUGGACAAGACGGCUGCGUGAGGUCGUGCCUUGUGAAGCACCAAAGCGGGAAAAUGACAAAGACGGCUGUGCAACGCCUGUAUUAUCUCGAGAUAUAG